AUGGAGAUUAAUAUUGAUUACACAAGUAAGCUGGCAAUAAACUCCUCUGGAGUGGAUCUGGAUGAUGAUCAUGCUAGUAUGGAAGAUCCCAUCCUCCAUCAGAUUUCCUCCUACGAAUAUUCUUCUCUUUGGCCAAACUUGCCUCUCCCUCAUCAUCCACUACAUCAAAUACCAUCUUCAUCCACUGCUCCUCCUCCUCCUCCUCCUCCUCCUCCUCAUCAUCAUCAUCAUCAAUCAAUCGCUGAUCAUCAUCAUCAUGAUCAUCAAAUGCUACUACUAGCUGGCGGGAAUAAUAACAACAUUUUUGUGGAAUUAAAUGAGCACGAAGAUGAUGAAGAGGCAGGUGAUGGUGGUGGUGGUGAGGAGGAGCUUGGAGCUAUGAAGGAAAUGAUGUACAAGAUCGCAGCUAUGCAACCGGUGGACAUCGAUCCAGCCACAAUCCGGAGGCCCAAACGGAGAAACGUGCGAAUCAGCGACGACCCGCAAAGCGUGGCGGCCCGUCACCGGCGGGAGAGGAUAAGCGAGAAAAUCCGCAUCCUCCAAAGACUUGUUCCGGGGGGAACUAAAAUGGACACAGCUUCCAUGUUAGACGAAGCCAUUCGCUACGUCAAGUUCUUGAAGAGGCAAAUCCGGCUACUUCAAUCAUCUUCAUCCUCAUCAGCGUCGUCAAAUAAUAAUCAUCAGCUUCAUGAUCAUGAUCCUCAAUCAGCAGCAGCUCAUGAUGAUCAUGAUCAUGGUCAAUGCAAUAUUAAUAUUAUUAAUAAUAUUAAUGGAUCAUCAUCAGUUGGUGCCAGAGGCGCAGGGUUGCCUUUGGAUUGGCCGCGGCAUAAUAUUAAUGUGAAUCAUAUUAACACAGCACAAAAACCCAACAAUCAUCAUGCCGCAGCAGCCGCCGCCGACGCCUCCACCACCACCUCCUCCGCUAGAAACCCUCGUCACUAG